AUAAAAAAAGAACCUUACAUUCAGAUUCCCAAUCAUAUCAAAAGUCACAGUACACCACUCAGGAGUCAGGACAACGCCAUGGGACAAAUCUUGGACAAAUUUCACGGGAAGCAAUGGAGACAGAAACAGAUUAAGAAAAUAUCUGAUAAGGUGUUUGAGCGCAUCAAAAAUCAAACAGGAAGUGCUAAUUUGAAAUUUGAAGAUCUAUACAUCGCCAUCCUCCUUGUGUACAAUGAUAUUAACAAGCAUCUGCCUGGACCCCAUUUCGAUCCUCCUCCUGAGGAAGAAGUUAGAGCUAUCAUGCAGGAGUGUGAUAUCAACCUUGAUGGGGAGCUCGACCAUGAAGAAUUUGUAAAAUUUAUUCAGCAGCUUACGUCUGAUACAGUCAUUGUUGUUAGUCAGGGACUAAUAGUCACUUUGGUUGUUGCACCAACUGUUGCUAUGGCCACAAAAAAGGCUACUGAAGGUGUCCCUGGUGUCGGGAAGGUGGUUCGAAGGCUACCGAAUUCUGUAUAUGCAUCCCUUGUCACUCUUGCAAUAGUUUGGUUCCAAAGUUCACGCCAACAAAUUUAAUUGCAGUGUUCAUCUCUUGGCUGUAAAAUAAUCUCGCGCUGUAUGUCAAGAAGGAUUAUCUGCUUGUAAAUUUUAGAAUAAUUUCUUGGCAAAUGGCUUAAUAACCAGGAGGACAGUAUUUGUGGAAUUUGUGUGUUAAUAAUACAUGCAUCUUUUCAACUACUUUGAGAAGGUCCCUCAUCACCUUAUUAAUCUUCCAUCUUUCUACCUAAUGCAGAAAUCAAAGGUUUGUUCAGUU